AUGGCCAACAUUUUGGCCUUGAUAAUAUUCUUCAUCACUUUCUCCCUCUCUUAUGGAUACGACCCGUUGGAUCCUUCUGGCAACAUCACCAUCACAUGGGAUUUCAUAAGUGAUAAUGGGGCUACGGUUGAUGUGAAGGUGUCAAUAUACAAUCUGCAACUGUUCCGGCACGUGGAGGCGCCGGGAUGGAGAUUGGGAUGGGGAUGGAAAGGAGACGAGGUGAUUUGGGCGAUGUGGGGAGCAGAGGCAAUGGAGCAAGGUAACUGCUCCAAGUUCAAAGGCCAAGACAAACCACACUGUUGCCUCAAGCAUCCUCUCAUCAUUGAUCUUCCCCCAAACGCUCCUUACAACCACCGCUUCUUCAACUGCUGCCGUGGCGGUCUCCUCUCUUCCCUCACUCAAGACAUCACCAAGUCCGCCGCCUCCUUCCAAAUGAACUACAACAAGCCAACUCUAGAUGCAACCACCGCUUCUUUCACCAUGCCGGAGAAUUUCACCCUCGCCGUCCCCGGUUACACCUGCAGUGCACCCUUUCAGGUCCCCCCUACCAAGUUCACCGCCGAUGGACACCGAUGGCAACAAGUCUUAGACACGUGGAAUGUGACGUGUAUGUACUCGCAGUAUCGAGCAUCGCCUGCACCGAAAUGCUGCGUCUCCUUAUCUGCAUUCUAUAACAGCACCAUCGUUCCCUGCCCCGUAUGCAGCUGCAACUGCAAAGGCCUACCAGGAGCACAUUGUAUCGAGUAUACAUACGCACCGGUGUUGCAACUGCCACAACAAGAGUCAUCGGAAGUGGUGAGGUGCUCGCGUCACAUGUGCCCAAUUCGAAUCCACUGGCACGUCAAACAGAGUUACAAAGAGUAUUGGCGCGUAAAGAUCACCAUCACAAAUCUCAACUUGGUCAAGAACUACUCGCAGUGGAACAUCGUUGUGCUACACCCUAACUUGCGAAGUGUGACCCAAGUUUUCAGCUUCAACUACAAGGCCCUCCCUAUCUACGGCAAUAUCAGUAAGUUACUCUGCAGUGGGGGCUGGAGUACUACAAUGACAUGUUGCUGUCAGGGAAGGAUGGAAAUGUGCAAACAGAGAUGCUGCUUCACAAAGACACAGAAGUUCACAUUCAGAGAAGGAUGGACAUUUCCGAGAAAAGUUUCAUUCAAUGGGGAGGAAUGUGUCAUGCCAUCUCCUGAUAACUAUCCAAGCCUCCCUAACAAUGCACAUCUUCUCACUUUCUCCUCCUCCUUACUUACUGCCCUCUAUUUUCUUCUUUACAUUAUAUUCUUCUAGAUGAUUCCAAUACUCAUUC